AGAGCGUGGGAUGAGUGACACGUCUGACGUUGAACUUGCAGACGGUAUCCGAAGGAAAACACUGACAUUACAUCUUCUAUAGUGAACACAUCAGAGUCAGAAUGCCAGGACCUGCUGCAAGUAAUACAAAUGUUGGGGCUGGUUCCCCACGAACAGGUUCUUCUCCUCGGGCAGGAGGUGGAGGUGCCGUUAGACAGAGGAAGGGUGCAUCUACCACUACUACAACUAGGGCUGGAGGUACUAGCAGUGGAGGCAUGUGGAGGUUCUACACUGACGAUUCUCCAGGAGUUAAGGUUGGACCAGUCCCUGUUUUGGUGAUGUCCUUACUGUUUAUUGCCUGUGUAUUUAUGCUGCAUAUUUGGGGCAAAUAUAACCGUGCUUAAACCUAUAAUUAUGGAGUUCUGAUAUUCAUUAUGUAAACGAUGUAAAUAUAUUUUUGUUACUUUUU